UUGUAAAUCAAUUACAGCUACCUACAAUUGUUUAUUGAAGGAGGGGUUGUUAAGUGAGGGGGCACAGGUAGGUACAUAUGUACUUACAAGGUACUUAGAUUCAACAUGAGCUUGUAAAGCAGGUUCAGAAUACAAGCAUAUUUGUAAGCACCAACUUCCUUUGAAUGGUGUAUGUAAUUAAAAAUGUGAGAGAGACGGACUAUUGCGGUGUUAGCAGCUAUUCCCGUCCGUAACCAAAGUAUUAAAAGAGUCAAAAAGUAGAUUGAUAAAGUUUCUUCAAUCCCUCAUUCGCUACUCUAAACUACACUCCAACUCCUGAUCAUGGCAACUAUCGCAAAGACAAUUGUAGCCACGGGCGCCACUUCAGGCUUGGGGUUCGAGUUAGUCAAGCAACUUCUUGAACAAACGCAGCCCUACAAAUUCAUUCUCGGAGCCAGGGACACGAAAACGGCCCAAGCCACCUUCGAUGGACUCAAGUAUGACAACAGCAAGCACAGCUUAACUAUCUUCCCGUUAGAGCUGUCGAACCUCAAAACUGUCAAGACUUUCUCACAGCAAGCCUUAGAUAAAGUUGGACAAGACAAGAUUGACUACUUGAUGCUCAAUGCAGCAAUCAGUAACAAUUCUGAGCAACCCGGUCCACAUGGUUCCAAAUGGAGUGAGCCUUAUAUUGUGAACCAUCUGUCCCAACACUACCUCAUUCAUCUACUUCGAGAGAAGUUAGAAGCAUCGAAGUCGCGCAUCGUAGUCGUCUCCUCCGGCGCCGUUUGCCUUGUAAAGGACCCCAAAUUUCUUGAAGAUGAUCUUAAGGGUGGCUCGAAGACGGACCGUACUGUAUACGGUGCCACAAAGUUCGUUCAGCUACUGGGAGCCCACUGGUGGCGUCGUCAACUUCAGGGCAAAUGCCACGUGGUCGCUGUAUCGCCCGGCUUAAUCCCUGGUACCGGCCUCAUAAGAGGUAGCGAUCAGUUAAAACUUCCCAUAAACCAUCCAGACGCAAAGAGCGUUCCAGAAGGCGCCCAAAGUAUCUACCGCGCAUUUAUAAGGGACGACUUCCCGGAAGACCCCGACCAGAUCUUUUUGACGAGUUGGGGCGAAUGGUGGCCUAAGGAUGUCUAUGGACUUACUCUUGACAAAGAUCUCCAGGACAAAUGGUCUCCUAGUAAAGACGAGAUUGAGAAGGAAGAGGGUUUAACCGCCUAGCUUAACUUGAUUACAGGCCUUUAAGAUUCCAUACUCUAAUGUAUAGUCCUAUGAGAUAUGGUAAUACUAGAUGGAAAAUUAAAUCUAAUAUU